AUAAUUAUUUAAGCUGAACAAAGAUACAGAAAACAUGUAUACAGUGGUAACCAUCCCAAUGGGUGAUUUUCAUCAGCCUUCUUCAAAUUAAUUAUUUUUACGGGCAGCACAACUUGACCAUCUGAUUUGGGUUGGCAUAAUCAAUCAAGAAGUCUAUUAGACAUUGCUCAUCCUCAAAAGAGAAAAAGAAUGUGCAAAUAAACAUUAACUCACUACAACACCAUAUUACCCAUUAAAAUGUUUGAUUCCCAUUAAAAUAAGGAGUGAGAAAAAGUUACCUAAAAUUAAGAAAAUAAUCAGCUACUAGAAAAUGGGGCAGACAUUAGAUGUUUGAAAACUACAGUGAAAACUCCCCCACCCUUUGGAUGUCAUCAGAAUUCUUAGUAAGAGGAGACUAAGUUAGGAUCUCCUGUGGGCGGGGAUUUACCCACCCUCACCGGAAAAGCAGUGGGUACAGGCUUAGCUUGUUCCAGUCAAACCUCCCCCAUCUCCAUGUUCACUCCACCCCCAAAUAACUAAGGCUUUAGACGUGUGGCAAGUUCUUCCCUAUAGAAGUAAAGAAGACAAAAAUAAAGAAUUCACGUACAAUUUCUUUCCAGACUGUAUUUCACUUAGAUAUGAAGUAUUUGAGUAAGGUAUUUUAGGAGGAAAUAUGAAGCUUUUAUUUUCCCCUGUAAAUUUUGUAAUUCAUCCUUUGUUAUUGCCUUAAUUGCCCUAUUCAAUGAAUUUAAGGGAACUGACACAAGUUAACAGCUGUAAACCAUAUGUUAAUAGAACUAAUACUAGUGGGCUGAAAUUAGGACAAUUUACAAAGUGAUCUCUCUUGAUGAAACUACACUAGAUACCCGUGCUUUUAUCUAAUCCCUACACUACAGAAAGAUAAUUCCUUCUGAGACUUGCAGUAUAAACAUAGAAGGCUCGAGGGCCUGGGAAAAAAGGGGGGGCAUUUACUCAGGUGUGGAGUGGAUAAGGAAUCAAAAGAGAUCAUAGCACCAUCUGUAUUAAAAAGCUAGAGAAAUACUGAUUAAAUGCCUAUAAAAAGAAUCCCUGAGCCGGGCAGUGGUGGCGCACACCUUUAAUCCCAGCACUCGGAAGGCAGAGGCAGGCGGAUGUUUGCGAUUUCGAGGCCAGCCUGGACUAUAGAGUGGGUUCCAGGAAAGGCGCAAAGCUACACAGAGAAACCCUGUCUCAAAAAACAAACAAACCAACAAACAAAAAAAAGAAUCCCAACAAAGACAUAGUAAGGUUUUACAAUCUGAGAAUAAUGAACGUCUCAAAUUUUAAAACAAAAAACGAAAAGGGGGUAUUUUUACAGAAUGCCUAUCCCAGCUUUCAAAUCUUUCACUUGAUUCUUUUUUGUUGCUUAUUUUUUUGUUGUUGUUGUUUCUAUUUUGUUGCUGUUGUUUUUUGAGACGGGCUUGGUUUGUAGUCCAGCUGGCCUAGAACCCUCCACAGUCAAUCCCCCAGCCUCAGCUCAGCAAUUGUCUUGUGUGUGGUAUUUUUAAAAUUAUUAUUAUUAUUAUUCUCUCAUAUAUUACAUCCCGACUUUGUCUUGUGUUUCUGGUCACCCAAUUAUUGGCCUCUUCAGGGAAAACCUAUCUCGUCUAUCCACACACAGCUUGAAGAGCUUAGGCACUCUCCUCUAGCCAUGCCCACACAGAGCAUAAGCCGGACCGGAAAGUAAGCCAAGCUUCCUUACACUUUGGCCUCCACCUCCUCCAUUUAACCUCAGUAAGACCUUCUACUAGCCUAAAGCCUAGCCAGGUUUUCUCCCAGCCCUGUCCAAUGAAACGUAGAGAUCUCAAACAGACUCAGAGCACGGGUGUCCAUGUUUCUUUUCACCGAGGUCAAGGUCAGUUCUACUCUUCUAGGGUCCUCUGAAAGAAGAAACCCCAAACGGCCUGGCUUUCCCAUGCCUCAUAAAAGGCAUAAUCCUGAUCAUAUGGUGAAUGCCAGACCAUAUUCUGUUCCUAUAAGACCACACGCAUGUGUGAGUUGGUUUGAAAGGCUUUGAUGUCCAACUCUAUUUAUUGUACCAUGCCUACGGCACGAAACACAUUUAAUCUUCUGGCAUAACUUUGUACUGAAGUUGCUCCACACAACGACGGAAGACUACAGCCGACUACGUAAUUUCAAGUCUGGAAUGAAGUAUCCUCUGUUCCACUCCUCUACCGAACUUCCUUUUAAGGAAAAGCUCUGGAGACGGCCUACUGCGUCCGCCCCACAGAGGGACAUCAAGGUCCAAAGCUUCCGCAGCUGUCGGAAGGCAAAAUCCGUACUUGGUCACCUGUCCUGCCUUCACCGGUACGGGACGGGGAUCUUCACCACGGACUACUACUGCGUUCGGUCCACUGUUACCCGUCAAGGGGCGGGGCUUUAACUGAGACGACCAGAUCUGGUAACCUUGACGCCCAAUUAGCAGGGGGUCCCCAAAACGGUUCGGCCAAUCGCCGCAGGCGAGCCAAGACGAGACGUGACGUCAGAUGCGAUUAACUCGGCGCGUCACCCCGACGUCAGCCUCUCCUCUGUCGGACGUCCCGUCCGGAGCAAAACUCCGGCGACUUUGGGCCCCGCCCCCUCGAGGUGAAGGGCGGCCAAUGAGGGAGGCCCUGUGGGGACCCAGGCCAAUGAGCAGAGGCCAGGGCGGGGCGCGAGCUCGAGGGUGGGGCGGCCGGCAGCCGUGGAAGCCCGAGGUCUAGCUGCGCGCAGUAUAUGACAGUACGUCAGCAGCGGGAUGGCCGUAGCUGUGGCGGCGGCUGCAGGAGCCCGAGCAGCCGCGGCCGCAGUGGAGGCUGGAGCCCGAGCGGCGUCCGCGGUGGCACCCCGGGGAGUUUAAGAUGGCGGCGGGGGGGGCGGCGGGGCUGCGGGAGGAGCAGCGCUACGGGCUGGCGUGCGGGCGGCUGGGGCAGGACAACAUCACCGUGCUGCAUGUGAAGCUCACCGAGACGGCGAUCCGGGCGCUGGAGACUUACCAGAGCCACAAGAAUUUAAUUCCUUUUCGACCUUCAAUUCAGUUCCAGGGACUCCAAGGGCUUGUCAAAAUUCCCAAGAAUGAUCCCCUCAGUGAAGUCCACAACUUUAACUUCUACCUGUCAAACGUGGGGAAAGAUAACCCUCAGGGCAGCUUUGACUGCAUCCAGCAAACACUCUCCAGCUCUGGAGCCUCCCAGCUCAAUUGCCUGGGAUUUAUACAAGAUAAAAUUACAGUGUGUGCAACAAAUGACUCCUAUCAGAUGACCCGAGAAAGAAUGACCCAGGCAGAGGAGGAAUCCCGUAAUCGAAGCACCAAAGUUAUCAAACCCGGUGGACCAUAUGUAGGGAAAAGAGUGCAAAUUCGGAAAGCGCCUCAAGCCAUCUCAGAUGCAGUGCCUGAGAGGAAAAGGUCAACCCCCAUGAACCCUGCAAAUACAAUUCGAAAGACACACGGUGGCAGCAGUGUUUCUCAGAGGCCGUACAGGGACAGGGUUAUUCACUUACUGGCACUAAAAGCCUACAAGAAACCUGAGCUGCUUGCUCGCCUGCAGAAAGAUGGUGUCAAUCAAAAAGACAAGAACUCCUUGGGAGCAAUUCUGCAACAGGUGGCCAAUCUGAAUCCUAAGGACCUCUCCUAUACCUUAAAGGAUUAUGUGUUUAAGGAGCUCCAGCGAGACUGGCCGGGUUACAGUGAGACAGACAGACGGUCAUUGGAGUCAGUGCUCUCUAGAAAACUAAAUCCAUCUCAGAAUGCUGGCACUAGCCGAUCAGAGUCUCCCAUGUGUUCCAGCAAAGAUGCUGCCUCAUCUCCGCAGAAACGACCUUUGGAUUCAGAUUUCAUUGAUCCUUUGAUGAACAAAAAAGCUCGAAUAUCUCACCUGACUAACAGAGUCCCACCAACAUUAAAUGGCCAUUUGAACCCCACCAGUGAAAAAUCUUCUGCAGGCCUCCUACCGCCCCCUGCAGCUGCUGCCAUCCCCACACCCUCACCGCUGCCUUCAACCCACCUGCCUGUCUCAAAUCCUCCUCAGACUGUAAAUUCCAACUCCAAUUCCCCUAGCACUCCAGAAGGCCGGGGGACUCAAGACCUACCUGUUGACAGUUUUAGUCAAAAUGGUAGCAUCUUUGAGGACCAGCAAGACAAAUAUACCUCUAGGACUUGUCUGGAAACAUUACCCCCUGGCUCAGUUCUGCUAAAGUGUCCAAAGCCUAUGGAAGAAAACCACCCAGUGUCUCACAAGAAGUCCAAAAAGAAGUCUAAAAAACACAAGGAAAAGGACCAAAUAAAAAAGCAUGACAUUGAGACAGUGGAAGAAAAGGAGGAAGACCUUCAGAGAGAAGAAACUGCCAAGUUGAGGAACUCCAAUCCGAAUCCCAGUGAAGGAGUUAAAGAAGGUUGCACUGCCUCCAUGGAGCCUUCUUCAACAAUUGAACUCCCAGAUUAUUUGAUAAAAUACAUUGCUAUUGUCUCCUAUGAGCAACGCCAGAACUACAAGGAUGACUUCAAUGCGGAGUAUGACGAGUACAGAGCUUUGCAUGCCAGGAUGGAGACUGUAGCCAGGAGGUUUAUUAAACUGGAUGCACAGCGAAAACGCCUUUCUCCAGGUUCAAAAGAGUACCAGAAUGUUCAUGAAGAAGUCUUACAAGAAUAUCAGAAGAUCAAACAGUCCAGUCCCAAUUACCAUGAAGAAAAAUACAGAUGCGAGUAUCUUCAUAACAAGCUGGCUCACAUCAAAAGACUAAUAGGUGAAUUUGACCAACAGCAAGCAGAGUCAUGGCACUAGAACUCUGUUUGGACCAGAAGAUGUGAAUAAACUUAAACUUAUUUAUUUAAAAUUCCAGAUGAGUUGCUCUAGAUCUAAAAGAUGAAACUUUGCUUAUGGGAAGUUUCAGUAUUAGUAAACUUGAGUUACUUUUUGUCUCUUCAUUCUACUUUGCUUCCUUGAAUUUUGAAGCUGCUUUCUUUUUCUGGGCCUCUCCCCCACCCCCAAAUUUGUUUUAAUAGAAGCAAUUUUUUUAGAUAUUGGGGAUCCAGUGUCUAUACUUUAAAUCAAUUUUUCCUUGAAAACUUGUGUUUGUCAUUAGAUAUGAUUUUUUAGGUAUCAGGGAUGCAAUGUCCACACUUAAGAGUUGCUUGUGUUUAAAACAAAACAAAACAAAACAGUAAUGUGCAAGGUGAAAUGCUUUUCAUAAGCCUAUUUUCUGACCUUUCUUAAUGCAAACUCUUUGCCUUAAAUGGUAGAAUAUUUAGACAUAUGCACAAAAUUCAAAAAAAUCAAAACAUUGUUUUGGAGGGUUGAAAAAUAGAAAGUUGUGUGAAUAUGUGUGUAGUUUCCUAUGCACAUACAUACAUACAUACAUACAUACAUACAUAUGGGCUGACUGGCUCUAGAGUGUUAAAUCUGCCCUGCAAGUAAAACCCCCCAUUGCAAUGACUGCCUUAAGGUGUUUGCUAGUGUGUACAUCGUGUGGUUAAUCAAUAGCUACACUGCUUCCCUGUGCUAACAGCCACAGGAAGCACACUGUGGCCUACCAGCGUCAGAAUGCGUGUUGUGUUCAGCUUGUAUGUCUGCAGAACCGAUGUGGAUGUGAGCUGUAUGAAGGUAAAAGGCUGCUCCUCAGUAGGCCGGACGCUCAGGUUAAACAACUGAUGAGUGUUACAGUAGGUUGUUGGUGUUUGUUUGUUUGUUUGUUUGUUUGUUUCUGUCAAAUUGCUCCUUCUAUUGUAGAAGACAAAGCAUUUCCAUUUCAACAGUUUGUCAGCUUUAUUAAUGUUGGGCAAAAAAAUUGAUAUGUUAUAAAAAUGAAACAGAUCUAUAGUUUUGGGGCAAAAUGAUAAAAUUAAAUGUGUAGGUAACCUAUUUAUAUACUGCUAUAAAGUAUUUUUUGAAGAGAGAUAUGCAAAGAAGCUAUUACCUACAUCAGAUGUAUAUUUAAGAGAUUUUUUUUCAUCCUGGAUACCAGGACUAUAAAAAAAGAGUAGAUAUAUUUAACCAUAACAUACUGUGAUUCAUCAAACAGCACAAACUUUCAUUUCAUGGAGUUUAUCUGUUAACGUUGAUUUAAACUAUCUCGUCUUAUCAUGUGGGAACAUAAGUUAUGUGGUCAGAAUAUAAGGAUUUUGAACUAAUGUUGAUUCAGGUUGUGUUGUCUUGUAUUGUCUUUUCAAAGUGCUGCCGGUUGAAAAGGGAAGCAUUAUGUUUACAAAUCUGUUUUGAAAUGUUUGCCAAAAUUUUGGUAGUAUCUUUAAUAAAGAUGUUUGUCUCCAGCAUCCAAAAAAAA